AUGGUUGACAUUGAUGAGGGAGGGGACUUCAAAUUGCAAACCAAUUAUGGAUUUACGGCCCUUCACUUUGCUACCCAAGUAGGAAACGUCAGCAUUGCAGAGCAGCUGGUGGAGAAAAACAAUGAGCUACUAUCGAUCACUGAUGACAAGGGAGACACACCACUCAUUGUUGCAGCAUAUGUAGGACAUACAAACAUGGUCUCGUAUCUAUUCUCUCUGAAUAGUACUCCUCCUAAACCGUUGACUCAAGAAAAAUGCAUUGAGCUCCUUGGUCAUACUAUCCGCAAUGAUAUGUAUGAUAUAGCAUUGAAAAUUCUGGAAUCGGAUACCAACAUAGCAAAUGCCGACACUGAAUGCUGGUGGGAAGCAUUGGAAACGUUGGCAAAGAAACCUGCAUUCUCAAUUGGCAGCGAAAGUCGGCUAUCAUUCUGGAAAAGUCUCUUAAACUCAUGUUUCAAAGGGAUUUGUCUCAAAGCUUUGAUGAAGACAUUAGCCCAUCAAUUAGUUGAUUUUUUUUUGAAAAAGGAUGGAAUCAAAAGCCACCUAAGCUCACCAAACUUGGUUGACAAAAAUAUGACUUCAAUUUUUGAAGCUGUGAAAGUUGGAAAUGUUGAAUUUCUAAUUGUACUUUCACGCUCUUAUCCUUCCCUUAUCUGGCAACAAGACGAAAAGAAAAUGAGUAUAUUUCAUACUGCUAUUUUAUAUCGGCAAGAGAGUGUGUUCAAUCUAAUAUAUGAGAUAGGUGCUGGCAUGCAUAGCCUUGCAUCCUAUGUUACUGAAGAUAACAAAGAGAACAUGUUGCAUUUAGCUGGAAAAUUGGCUCCUUCAGAUCGACUAAAUAUCGUAUCAGGAGCGGCCCUUCAAAUGCAAAGGGAGUUGUUGUGGUUUAAGAAAGAUGGUGAACAGUGGAUGAAGGACAGAGCAAACUAUUGCAUGGUCGUUGCAGCAUUGAUUGCCACUGUGAUGUUUGCUGCAGCAUUCACAGUACCAGGUGGCAAUGAUCAAACUAAAGGGACUCCUAUUUUUUUGGAAAUGAACUGGUUUAUGGCAUUUUUCAUAUCAGAUGCAAUAGCAUUGUGUUUCUCUUCGACUUCAAUCAUAAUUUUCAUGUCAAUUCUCACAUCCCGUUACAGAGAAGAUGAUUUCUUAAAGUCAUUACCUUUAAAGUUGCUAUUUGGACUUGCCACACUCUUCAUCUCCAUGACGGGCAUGAUGGUAGCCUUCAACACAACUUUCUUUUUGGUGUAUACAAGCGCAAGGGCAUGGACUCCAGCUGUUGUAAUCACUUUGACUAGUAUCCCAAUUGUUUUGUUUGGUCCACGACAUUGUAAAAUUUGGGUUGAUACUUAG